GCAUAAGAUCUGUGGGCAGAGGAAACUAUCUUGUCAACACAUAUACUCUUUGGUAAAUACGAACGUACAAGUGGCAGCUGUCUAGUAUCUUACUUUACACAUGUCGUCUUUUGGUCAAUAGCUGCGUCCUGCAAACUGACAUUUUAACUAAAGUUAGUCAAUGUAAGUAGCCACAACUGGUGCUAACGCUUCAACUAAACCUUCACUUCGUUAUCUUUGUUUCUGUGUCGCACAGUGUUUAACACAAACUUUGUAGUAACUACACCUCCCACAAUUCACUUAACGUAACAUCCGCACUUUCUAGAACCUUGACGAGUUUUCUGGCGCUACUCUUCAGUCUGCCUAUGUGAGAAUAGCUAACUGGCGUCAUUUUAUUGCACCCUACCAUUCAAGCAGUUCACACCAAAAGGACCUUUUACUACAGGAGCUAUCUGCUCGCAGGUGGUAUCAAUAAUAAGUUAGUAAGACUUGGGUAUGUAGAGCUUGUUGUGUUGUGCUAAUGGCUUAAUGGCAUCAUUAUUUAAAAGGAAAACAGUGAACUGACGGAUACUGGCUAACAUUAGCUAGCUAGCUAAACAUCAACAACAUAAACACGGAAAGGGGCUGGUCUGUCUGUAAUGCUAUAGCUAUAGGUCUGGUGGGCUUAUUCAAAGUAGUUUUAAAUAACGCAUGGAUGUAGCUAGCUGUCACUUUGUUUAACAAUGUCACGUAUAAAUAAUAGUUUUAGUUGAAACGUCAUACUAUGUUAAACAGUACGUGCAGCAGUUGCGUUGUAGCUAGCUAGCUAGCUAGAUUAUCAGCCAGCUGCCCUUGUGUAAACAGAUUCCUAACUUGUGCACCAUGUACCGUUAGGUUACAGAAGAUAUCUUUUAACCGUUUAUCUGAUUGGUAUCAAUACUGAUGUUCCAGAUCAGAUCCGUUUGUAGUUAUCUACCUAUGGGUCUGUUCAAAUAAUUUCACCGACUGGACGACCAUGCAUCACCCUGCUCCUACAAGCAGUGCAUUGGGGUUUCUGCCAGCCAUGUAUUCAUUUUCGGGCCCCACAAGCCUUCCUGAAUUUGACCUCGGAUCUCCAAGUACUUCUGGUCACCUACAGAGAGCAGCUCUGUCUAACAACAGCUGGGAGACACGAUGCCUAAGGAAGCACAGGAGGAGAGUUGAUGAUGAGGGAUGCAGUGCUAAAAGGAGGAGGUUAAUGGUAGAGGCAGAAGCAAACUUUUCAGAGAACUCAGACUCUAGCAUCGGUCAAGACUGGCCUACAGCGAACAGCUGCCCUCCUCUGCCUGCACAGCGAGCCAGCCCUGCACCUUCACAGCCCUGCACAGCAUCUGAGAGCUUGCCACAGCCCUCUUCUGCCCCGCCGCGACCAGAUGCAGAGAGUUCCUGCAUGGAGAUAGAGGCAGCUCAGAGGAAACUUCAGGAAAUUGAAGACAGAAUAACACUGGAGGAUGAUGAUGAGGAUGAAGAUCUGGAUGUAGAGCCAGCCCCGAGACGGCCAGUGCUGGUAAUCUCUGACAGUUUGAAGGAGGGUCUACAGCGCGGCAUCAGCGACAUCCUACCGCACACGGUAGCCCAGUCCGUGAGCCAUUCUUGCAUGGAGUUGGUGUUGUGGCGGCCACCAGACGAUCCCUUUUGUAAGAAGCGAAAGGGCUCCUUUCAGAAACAUCGUAAACAACAGACAGUAUCUCGGCAACCCCCGACUCCAUGCCCAUCUCCCACCCCUCACAGUCCCCUCCGCCCAUCCAGUCCAACAACAGACACACACUCUUCUCUGUACAGCUUUCCUGUAGCCCACGGCUCUGGAGAGGAGGACAUGGAAAUGUAACGGCGCUUGAUGACUUUAGAAACCAUGCUAAAGUUAAAGACUGAAAUUGUAGUCAAAAAAAGACUGUAAAGGUGUCAAAAUCUCUUGAAGUUGGUCAGUUUGGCAAGGCACGUUGGCUGUACAUGAAUAUUGUGCUGUUUUUUUAGACAGUUGUGCAACACAUCUUUUGCUUUACAGUCACUCAGUUUAGUUUUUUUCUCAAUAUAAUCACAUACAACUAUGUAACAAUAACGCUGACUUAAUGAGUAUUAUUUAUUUAAAUCUCCAAGACACCUGUCAUGAUCUCAAAACUUUGAAAAGUUCUAAAGACGGCCUUACAUAACCAAUUUAAAUAUAGUACAGAAUUAACUUUUGCCAUUAGAAAUAAGAAACGUUGUACAUAUUUUGGCCAAAGCCUGACCAACAACACACUGGUGUACUGUUAACCCUCCUGUUGUCCUCGGGUCAAAUUUGACCUCUUUAAAAAAUGUCUGUAUCUGAAAUAUGGGUUUCUUUUUAACCAAAUUACCACAAAAAAAUGGAUUGGAUUCCAUACAACACAACAUACAAUUGGUCACUUUCAUUCCAAUAUCAAAUUCUUGUCAGUUUUUGACCCGGGAGGACAAA